AUGACUCCGGCUUCCCUCCAUCCUGCCUCCCCCGCCGGAUCGACCGAACGAUUGGCCGAAGAGCUAGCUCCGACAAUUGAGCAGCUCCAGAAACUCGGUGCGGGCAUCGAAUUUACCCUCCCGCAGGCCCUUUCAACGACCGAAUCGCUGCUUCGUCUCCGUCAUACCUUCAUAGACGAUGCCCAUCCGCGGACCGCCAAAGACGCGUUCCGAUAUCACCAGGGCUUUCAAACACUUCUGAGGCUGGCUGACAAGCUAGCCGAGCUCUACGACCCCGACAAGUUAUCCAAAGAAGAACUAAAGAGCCUACUAGGUAUCUUCAAGGAUGUCUUGGGUGUGCUAGCCGAGGGCCUGAAAGACAAUUUUAGCAACAAGCGAUAUUUUGCGCGGAAGAUAGUCGGAGGAGGCAUUGCUGCUUUGGAGAGGACUCUGACCGCGUUGGUCAAGAAGAUAGACACCACGAAGGGUGAUGCACAACAUCUCUAUGGGGCCAUCCUGGCCGCAGCUCUUUGCCAGGAGACCGUGGCAGGUAUUUUUGUGACACUGGACGCCAAGUUUCCCGAGAGCGACACUGUCCUGUCUCCGCAGGAAGUCCAGGAUGCCGUGGAUCAUUGCAUUGGGUCGGCUGAAACAGUGGAGGUGCCGGAGCUGCUCGGGCCAUUCCUUCGUGUUUGGCUGAUGCACUCUUCCUUUUCGUCUGGAUAUGAUGUUCUCCGCCUGGCCUUGCCGGCUUGUCUCUGCCAACUCGCCUCUCAGUCUCGCAGAAACGUCGUAGCCCUGCAUGCCACCGAUAUGCUGACCUCGAUUUUACCUCUCUUGUUCGACGGUGCACGAUUUGACAGCGAAAAAGUAAUCUAUCAAGACCUCGCAAAAUAUCUCAGCGUUCAGGGAAUGAGUAACCUGGAUGAUGCGGUGGCUCUAUAUCGCGGGGCCCACGAGAACCCCCAAGUGUUGAAGGUCCUACUUUCUGCUCUCAAGUCGUCCAAGGAGCCCCCUUCAAUACAGUUCGAUAUGUCCCGACACGGAUAUUGCUCUGUCGAGUUCGGAACCCUUGGCCGUCCUUUCCCACCUAUCACCUCUGCUGGAUACACUCUGUCUGUGUGGGCCCGUUUUGAUGAAUUUGAUUCCAAUACCCAUACCACUAUCUUUGGAGCGUUCGAUGCUAGCCAAACAUGUUUUAUUCUUGCCUACCUGGAGAAAGACACUCGAAAUUUUAUUCUUCAAACUUCAAUUCGAGGACCACGGCCUAGUGUUCGGUUUAAGUCAGCAAAGUUCGAGCCAAAGCGCUGGUAUCAUAUUUGUGUCGUGCACAAGAAGCCCAAGCCAAUGUCUUCUUCGCGGGCGUUUCUUUUCAUAGACGGUGAAUUCGUUGAGCAGUUGAAGAUCGAAUAUCCCUCAGUACCUACAAGCCACCCUCCAAGCAGACCACCCCGGAUCCAGGCAUUCUUUGGCACUCCCCAAGACCUGGCAAUGCGCCUCGGGAAGGGCGUGUCUACUUCGCGAUGGUCGCUUGCCAAUGGUAUGCUCUUUGACGAAGCGUACAGUGAUGAUAUGAUUGCUGUUUUCUACAACCUUGGACCUCGAUACUACGGUAACUUCCAAGAUUGCCUGGGGUCUUUCCAGACAUACAAGGCUUCUGCAACCCUCAAUUUGCGUAACGAACAUCUCCAUCCUGGCAAAGAAGAGACCUCAGAUAUCGUCACUGCCAUUCGGAGGCGGGCAAGUACUUUAAUUCGCGAGAGCUCAAUUUUGAUCAAUGUCUCUUCUACCGCUGUUCUGGAUGAUGACGACAAUAAUAAUGUCGAUGAGUCGCAGCUGAUUAAAUGCUUGUCAAGGCAGGCAGCAAAGAGUUUACAGCAGCUCACGAAAGCGGGUGGUAAUGCUGUUGCUGUCAACGGCGCAACUCCAGCUAUCAAUGAUGGGCUAACACAGCCCCAAGGAGUGGGUAUUCUGACUGGCGAUCCUGUCGUUGCUGUCCCCAGAGCACUUGACGAUGCCAGUUGGUGCCUGGGUGGCUGUGCUGCGGUCCACUUGAGCUUAAUCCAGGCUGCAAGUACUGCUGAAAGCACUCGCAUGGCUGUGGAGGCUCUCUACGAAGCUGUACAAGACAACUGGAGAAACAGCGAAGCUAUGGAAAGAGAAAAUGGCUAUGGUAUCUUGGGAGCCUUGUUGCGCGAGAAGCUUGGAUUCCAUAUGGGCAAUGUCCCAGGCGCAGCGAGAAUUCAUGUGGUCAGCUCCGACCCCGAUGAGCUAUCUACCCUGACACUCGACUUGCUGCGUCUGACUCUCGCAUUUGUUGGAUACGACUUCAAGCAACCCAAUCGAUCCAUUAUCACAAAUCCACUUGCCUAUCGUGUCCUGCUUGUCGACAUGGACGUCUGGCGACUGGGAGAAUCACCUGUGCUGGAAUUGUAUUACUCACAAUUCUGCACAUUUGCUUCUGAUAGUAACUAUCGCCGUUUCAACGCUAGACGUCUCGGUCGUAUGCGCGUCAACAAGAAGUUGUUGGAGACCUUGAAGAGUGGAGACUUGACGGAGGAAUCACUCCAACCUUGUCUAUCGGCAUUCCGCUCUUUGAUGGAGAGCAGCCCGUCUCCUGAUCUCCUCCGCUCACUGGCAUUAUCUAUCACCUAUGCACUCCACAAGCCAAAGACGCCCGCUAAUCUGCAAAGGAAGAAGAGCCUACGCUUUGUUUCUCCUUCAUCCCGACCAGCAUCGGCAAAAUCGGAGUCAAGUAAAGUACCCGGUGUCACUUUGGGUAUUGAGAUGCUGCGUCUCUAUGCCUCUGUACUGUGUGAUCCCCUCGACCCCGCGCCUUUGAGAAAAUUUGCCAAAGCUGUGACCAACAAGUGGCUUCUUUACCUUAUGUGUGAAGAUGAUCCCGAGAUCGUGGUGCUUGCUACAAAGAUAUUAGCCCGUCUUCUCGUGGUCCAUGGCAGUGGCUACAGUAAGAAGUUUGCAGAGAAAAGCGGUGGGUACAUUAUCCUAGAGUACCGUCUGAAAAGAUGGUGGAAUGUGCCUGCUUUGUGGCCGAUCUGCUUAUCUAUCUUCUUUGGCCGUGAUAUUGCUAUGUUGGAUCUCGAAAAACCACUUGACCGGUCUGGUCUAGUGAAUAUGUUCCUGGCUGAAGGGGAUGUAACUGUUGUCUUUCCAGAUAUGCUUCCUGUGAUUGUGAAUAUGAUGAAGAGUGGGAUACGGCACAUCAUCGUACAAGAGGGGGAAACUAGCGUCGGUGGCGAGGGUCUCGAAGGGCGGGCUUCCAGUUGCGAGAAGUCAAAAAUGGGCUCGCUCAAGUGGAAUGAUACUGCUACGACCGAUCAGACCAUUCUUAGCUUUUCCGUUAUCAGCUCGGUUGUCCAAUUUUUGGCAGAAGCACGCACAAAAUCCUCAAGCUUCCAGGAUGUCACCACACACUCCACAUACGUGCAAGAACUUCUUUCUGUGCUAUAUCCUGUGAUUGUCGGCGCUGAUACCGUUGGCCCAAACACGGAGCUAAACUCUCGUCACAGCGGGCUUAGCUUUGACGAUAGCAACUUGGUUCUCCGGCCGCGUUCAAGUACUGCAAAUGCACCAGCUACUUUGCAGACGACUACAGUCGAUUCUUUGGGCAAUCCCGAGGAGAGCGCCGAUUCUUUACGCCGUGGCUCAUCUUUCAUUCUGGUUUCAUCUGACAAGGCCAAGCACCAGCCAUCUUCCGCUCGCAUUCGGCGUUUUGUGAACCCAACCUUUAUUGGCAAUGAAGCUUCCAUGCAACAUCCGCUCGUCAAGUCCAUCUUUGGACUAAUCUUGGCUGUAUUCCAGGAUCAACUACUGGGGCGCAAAGACUUCUCAGGUCUUGGUCUCUAUCUCAAGACACCGCCUGGCUUCCUGGAACACCAAGCAUACUUCGACUCCUGGGUUUUCAGCUGUGUACUUUCCACAUUGCAAGAUUUGCCGUUGGUCCAGCCGGGUCUUCUCCAUGAGCCCCGGACCCUGACGAACCUUGGGCGUCUGUCAACACAUUUGACAGAGGCAGUAUACGAAGGCUGGUUUAUCAAUGGAGCCGCUUCUACCCUAGAAUUCACUGGGACAAUCUUAGAGUAUCUGCAGCGCCCUGACAUAUCUCAAGUGAAGAGCAUCCGUUUGUGCAACCAGGCUGUAACAACGAUCCGCUCAACCCUUUACAAAGUUGUCUUAUUCCAGUUGUCGGAAGCAGACGAUACACAGACUGUUCCUCUCCUGAAUCGCUUGACUUACUGGCAGGUGGUUCUUCUUGCCGCAGCUGAAACCCAAUCAAAGCAUUUACACCUACUGUGCUAUCUUCUUUAUACCAAACUGAUCAGCACAAACAUGGAUGUCCGCUCAGCUGCUGCAAGUCUAUGGAGGAUUAUCCUUGUGCAAGCACCAGAUGAAAUAACACUUCUUCUAAGCCAUAUACCUGCAAACCUUCAACGUCGGUUGGCUGACGGCUUCGACGCUCUUUCAGGAAUGGAGGAUGAAUCAUUUUUGCAGUGGAUCGACGAACAGCGUGAUGAUCUUGACGCUUUGUUCUUUGGGAUAAUGUCUCGGUCAUGGGAGACAUUUGUCCAAGAGGAGAAUGCAACCAGCGAGGAAUCUAUCCGCACUCGUGUCUCAAAACGCAAAGACAAACUGAGACAGUGGGCUCAGAUCGAAAAAUUCGACGAAGACAUGGUUCGGAAGCAUGACGCAACAUUACCACACUGGAUAUCCAACAUCGCAGCAUCCGAGUUCUUGAAAUCCCAAAGAUACUUGCAAGACCUGCAGGAUAGCUCAACCUUUAUGUGGUCUGCGUUCUCUAGCCUACUGCUCGACCUACGGCGACCAGGUGGUCUUCUAUCGGAGAACAAGGAGAGAAGGUGGUGGCUAGACCAGACGGAAGGUCGCAGUCGUAUGCGACUUCGUCUUGUUCCAGAUGAGUCUGGCGAUCGACAGGACUACCAACCUAAGCGGAAGGCCUCCGAACCUCCUGCGAUCAAAAUUGAUACCAGGAUACGUGCACUCUCGGAGGGGGAGAACAUGACGACGCCUCACCCUCUUAACGGCGAGUCUGAAAAUGUGGAACCCGAGUCACCACGGGGCGAUGCUGACAAUCGAAGCAUGUUGGAGGAUAACUUCGAGAUGAUCGAUGACCCCAAAAUCGGGCUGGAAGACUAUGAAGAUAGGAACCGGAAGGUCAUGCGAUCUUUGCAACGUGGCGACCAAGUGCAAAGCGUGUGCAACUUGUCUCGAAUCAUUGGUCUAGAAGCAGUGGAAGGAAUCUUGAUUCUUGGAAAAGAUUGCAUUUACAUUCUAGAUAAUUUCUUCCAGAGAGCGGAUGGCGAAAUUGUCAAUGUUUGGCAAGCUCCCAACGAGGAACGGGAUCCUUAUGUGCGCAUGAUUGCCGGCCGAGAGUCCACUGACCGCCGCUCCCAAGAGCAUGAGACAAGAAGCUGGAAAUGGUCCGAUCUGGUCAGCGUUUCAAAGCGCCGCUUUUUAUUCCGUGAUGUUGCCCUGGAAAUAUUCUUCACAGAUGGCACAAGUUAUUUAUUAACGCUGAUGUCCGCAAAAUCGCGCGAUGACUUGUGCAACCAACUCGGAGUCAAGGCGCCCCAGAUCACUGGGAGUGCUGGGCACUCGCGACCAGAAGAUAUUUGGCGGUUUGAGACUCUUCGCAGUCAAGAUGAUGCACCCCAGUCCCUUGGAUCAAAGUUUGCCAGUGUUUUCGGUCAUCUCCCGGCAAACCCAGCAACACGGAAAUGGGUUAAGGGAGAAAUCUCCAACUUCCAUUAUCUUAUGUUGAUCAACACUUUUGCCGGACGUACCUUCAACGAUUUGACUCAGUACCCUGUCUUUCCAUGGGUCCUCGCAGACUAUACGAGCGAGGAACUUGAUCUUACCAACCCAGCCACCUUCCGAGAUCUGUCCAAGCCUAUGGGAUGUCAAACUCCGGAGCGAGAAGCGGGCUUCCGAGAACGGUACAAUGCAUUCGCUGAAAUGGGCGACGACAAUUCGCCUCCUUUCCAUUAUGGAACUCACUACUCAUCUGCCAUGAUUGUUAGCUCCUACCUCAUUCGUCUCCAGCCAUUCGUGAAGUCCUAUCUCCUCCUUCAGGGUGGCAGCUUUGACCACGCGGACCGCCUCUUCUACUCCAUCCGCAAAGCAUGGGAGUCAGCGUCUCGAGGAAACAUGUCCGAUGUACGGGAACUGAUCCCUGAGUUCUUCUAUCUCCCAGAAUUCUUCGUGAACUCAAACAAAUACGACUUUGGUCUUCUUCAAAAUAUGACCACGGCCAUUGAUUCCGUCGAGUUGCCACCCUGGGCCAAGGGUGAUCCCAAGAUCUUCAUCGCGAAGCACCGCGAGGCGCUUGAGAGCCCCUAUGUGUCCGAGAACCUGCAUCACUGGAUUGAUCUGGUGUUUGGUAGCAAGCAAAAGGGCGAGGCGGCUAUUGAAUCUGUCAAUGUCUUCCAUCAUCUCUCUUACAAGGGUGCCAAGGAUUUGGACGCUAUUGAUGAUCCGAUGGAACGACUGGCUACUAUUGGUAUCAUUCACAACUUUGGGCAAACCCCGCAUCAGAUCUUCCAGAGACCCCAUGCACCGAGGGAAGAUCAACGGCACCGCAUACCUCGACUGGAUACGCUUGCGGAGUCACUAACGCAGAUGCCAUUGUCUCUUCUUGAUAUCGAAGAGCGAGUAGCCAACCUUUCCAUGAAACAGGAUCGUCUUCUUUGCACUGCCGCUCUUAGACUCAAUGUCCCACCAACCUACGAGUAUUACAUGGAAUGGGGAUUCUUCGAUGGAAGUGUCCGGUUUUACGCCGCUGACACUCGCAAGCUCUUGGGACACUUUGAGCACCUCCACGUUGGCCAGCUCUCCUACGCCAGUUUCGCAGAUUCACGCACACUUGUUACCUGUGGCACCGACUGUACUAUUUCAUUAUGGACAGUUACUGCAACGUCCAAGUCGGUUGAUUUGCAGCCCAUGGGUUCACUCUUUGGCCAUCGAGCACCGGUCACGGUGCUUGCCAUCUCCCGUUCCUUCAGUGCGUUGUUAUCUGCGUCGACUGACGGACAGAUCAUGCUAUGGGAUCUCAAUCGGCGAUGCUUUGUGCGAGCACUGCCCGCCGAUGGUGCGGUUGAUUCUGCCCGAAUUAACGAUGUCUCUGGCGACAUCAUGGUCUGUCGUGGCAGUCGCUUGACCCUGUACACACUGAACGGCGUGGUGCUAGUCGACCAGCCUGUCUGUGAUUCAGGCGAUGAUCACGUCUUGUCAUGCGUCUUCUACGAAGGCGUGCAAAAUGAGUGGCUAGAGCGUGAAUUGGUAUUGACGGGCCAUUCUCGUGGUGUGGUCAACAUCUGGAGAAAAACUAUCCGCGCCGGUCGAUUCGAGCUGGAGCUGAUCCGACAGCUGCAUCACACCGACAGUAGCCGCGAUACCGGUGUGAACAUAAGCGCGGGCAUUAGCUGCAUCCUGACCCUUCCCCACGUGGUUUAUACCGGGGACGAGGCAGGCCGAGUGUAUGAGUGGAAUUGUAUCCAGCGCCGCUAA